AUGCUUUUCACAAGCUCUCCGAAACCCAAGAGCGAUGCGUCCGAGUUCAAGGGCUUUAGGGACGGCGCGUUUGCUUCUCUAGGGAUCCUCAUCAAGCUCCACCUGACGGGGACGUUCCAGUUCCUCAAUCCCUUGCUAACCAACAAUGGCCACUGCGACACCCCCAAGGAGUUCCUCAGCCGCCUCCUCAUCGGCGCAUACACCUUCUUGUACGCAAUCUUGGUCUUCACCGACAGCUACACCGGCUCUGACAGCCUGGUGCCCUACGGCAUCGCCAUGGCUAAAGGGCUGUGGCCUUCGCCGGCUUCUGAAUUGAUCAACUUGUCCAAGUACAAGCUCCGGGCCAGCGACUUCAGGCACGCGUUGCUCUCGAUGGUGGUCUUCGCAGUGACAGGCCUGCUGGACCCAAACACAGUGGAGUGCCUGUACUCCUCGUCGUAA